AUCCCGUGGUGACAUUUCCUAUUUCACAACAUAUAGAGCAAAUUUGUGGGUGAUUUACAAACGCCAUAGUAACACUUCCUGCACUUUAGUUUGCUCUGUGAAUUAGUGAAUAAUUGCAUGUUGCACUAAUGAUCAAGUACUUUGGUAUGGGUUUGCGAGGCUUCUUCGUUCUGGCAGCGAAGAUAUGGAGUUUUAUUUGCUACUGCAUCCGGCGGCAAGUUAGAGCGAUCAUCCAACAUCAGACAGUGAAGUAUGAAAUAGUCCCAUUGUCACCAUUAUCCAAGCACAGGCUGAGUAUGCUGAAAAGAAAAACACUGGUAUUAGAUUUGGAUGAGACAUUGAUACAUUCACAUCAUGAUGGGGUGAUACGACAGACAGUUAAACCGGGAACACCUCCUGAUUUUGUACUUAAGGUUACUAUAGACAGACAUCCUGUCCGGUUCUUUGUUCACAAGAGGCCUCAUGUAGACUACUUUUUAGAAAUAGUAAGUCAGUGGUAUGACUUAGUUGUUUUUACAGCCAGUAUGGAAAUAUACGGGGCAGCUGUAGCUGAUAAAUUAGACAAUAACAAAGGUAUACUCCGCAGGAGGUACUACAGACAGCACUGUAAUUUAGACUAUGGAAGCUACACGAAGGACCUCUCAGCAAUCAGUGCUGAUCUUUCCAGUAUUUUUAUCCUGGACAACUCACCUGUGGCCUACAGAGCUUAUCCAGACAAUGCCAUCCCUAUAAAGUCGUGGUUUAGCGAUCCCACGGACACUUCGCUACUGUGCUUGUUGCCGAUGCUCGACGCUCUGCGGUUCUGCAGCGAUGUGCGGUCGGUUCUCAGUCGAAACCUCCAUUUACACCGAUUCUGGCAGUAGCACUGUCUGACACCUCAUUGAGCCAUUGUUAUUUUUGUUUUCCCCAUCAUCUUGUAAAUGUGUCAUGAUACCCACCCUCUACCUGUCCUCUAACUGCUGGACCUGUGAGUCUAGCUGACAUUUGAUGAGAUUGAUGACAACUGUUUCGAAAAGGUGUGGCAAAGAGUAUGGCAGGUCCCGACUCCUGUCACAGUCCAUCAGAAUCCCGACAGCAAAUUUCAACCCAGAGUCCACGAAAUCUACAGAAUAUAAUAUCAAAAAGUAGUCAGUUCUUCCAUCAUUGAGAAUGUAGGUUAAGUUAAAAAGUGAAGAUGGACUGUUAUUAAAGUCCAGAUGCUGUGUAGGGAACAUCAUGGUGGUGCAAGUUCCCGGUGUGGGUCAGUGGAAAUCAGUUAAAUGUGUGCAAGACUUGC